AAUCAGUUUCACUUCCAAACAGAUCUUCAAAUACACGAUGAUGUUGCUGUAGAAACUAGUCCGGAACUCUCUCCCAAGCUUCUUAUAAAUGCUCCAACCUGUUGCCAUCUACUGUCUUCCUCCCGAUUCCAAGCUGCUCUCGUCCCUAGAAAUAAAGCAGCUCCUCCGCGGGGCGGCGAACUACUACCCAUCGCCAAAACCCUAGCCCCGAUCCGGUCGAGGAGCACUACUUCUUGGCAUGGCGGGCACCCCUAGCCAGGCAAGCCUCCUGCUCCAGAAGCAGCUCAAGGAUCUUGCGAAGAACCCCGUGGAUGGGUUCUCCGCAGGGCUUGUAGACGAUAGCAACGUCUUCGAGUGGCAGGUCACCAUCAUCGGCCCGCCCGACACCCUAUAUGAUGGAGGCUACUUCAAUGCAAUAAUGACCUUCCCCCAGAACUAUCCCAACAGCCCGCCAUCAGUAAGAUUUACUUCUGGGAUGUGGCAUCCGAAUGUUUAUCCGGAUGGGCGUGUUUGCAUUUCUAUUCUUCAUCCACCUGGUGAAGAUCCCAGUGGUUAUGAGCUUGCAAGCGAACGGUGGACACCAGUGCACACGGUUGAAAGUAUAGUUCUGAGCAUCAUUUCAAUGCUCUCUAGUCCGAAUGACGAGUCUCCAGCAAAUAUUGAAGCUGCCAUGCCUUUGGUUUCUGAAGUUAUACACGACUUUGCCUUGCAGAAGGAUUGGAGAGAGAAGCGGGAUGAGUUCAAGAAGAAGGUUAGGCAAUGUGUCCGCAGGUCUCAGGAAAUGCUGUGAAGGAGGAACAUGGGGGAGUUGAAUGAGUCUGCAAUCGGUGUGCUGCAAUUCACAACCAAUUAUCUCAUGUCAGCAUUCUUUUGCUUUCCCCUGUAUAUUUUUUCAACCGAUGUCACUCGUAUAGUGGUGUUGGGUCUCUUUAGACAAACUCGGGACGGUUGCUUAUCCUAAAAAUUCGAUUGUACUGCGUGGCAUGAAAUGAUCGAUUCGAAGAAUAUUUUGAACAUGCUGCCACCUAAUCAAAAAAUUUCAUGUUUAACAUCAUAAGGAAUAACUGUUGCUUA